CCAGUUUCAUCAUCUCUUCCCAGAUCUCAUAUCUUCCAAAGGGGAAGGGAAAUGGCAGAAGGCUUGGAAGUCUCCCCCACCCCUUCAUAAUUCCCACCGUGGAGUUCUGGGCUCUUAGGAAGAAAUCCAGUGCCAACGUCUUCCAGAAUGUCUCUCCAACGAUCAAGGAAGUGAGUGGUGAUGCCCAGGUUUGGGAGAGAUUUUCUAAAAUCUGCACGGCCAACUUGGUGUUAAACAAAACUUGAGUUUUGCCAGUGGCUAAGAGGAUUCAGAAAAGGCACCAUUUUCAGAUAGGGCAACAUUGGUCUUGCCUGUUUCAUGAAGAUGGGCAUUGCUGAUUUUUUUUUUUUUUAAUGGGUAGCCGUUUCUUCUAUAAAAUACUUUCAGAGAGCAAUUGGAAAGAGGGGAGAUGGGAAAGGCAGAUAGAAAUAUAUUUAAGCUGCAGUUGUGGCAAGGUGCAACUCAACUAAUGGUGGAAGAGGUCUUGGCAUCAGCUAAGUUGCCACUCCUGUUUCCACAGAGAGUUUGGUGGAAAGAGGCAGUUCCACUUUAGCUUCUAAUCUCAGCCAUUCACUCAUUAUUAUUUUUUAAAAAAUGCAAAAUUCCUACAAGAGGUUUGCAGGGCUGAGUGUUCUCCCUUCCUUUCCCCAAGUCAUACUGACAAGGCACGUUGAGAAAAAUCUGCAACAACAGAUGGUAGGGGCUGCCACCUUUGCUUCCUGAACACCUGGCAUAUGCAACAACUUUGCCUGCAUUCCCCAUGCACGGCUGCAACAAAUUCUGUCCGCUCAACCCACAAAUUCUAUCCUCUCGACCCAUAAUUUUCAGCCUUGCCCUUUUGGGUUCUGUGAGAUGCUCCUAGCUGCAAUAGCAACAGGGGUGGGAUGAUUUGGUUCAGUUUGCUAAUUGACCUUGUUCAGUAUUGUCUAUACCAGUGGUUCUCAAAGGGUGUGGCAUGCCACACUGGUGUGGUGGGAGAGGUAAGUGUGGCAGGAAGAUUGAUGGACAAUCAGUAUUAUACCUUGGGAAUGAUUCAUGUCCUUAUGUAGUUGCCUUGUUUAAUACUUCAUGGAUGUCCCAUGAAAGACCUACAUUGGCUCCCAGUACGUUUCCGAGCACAAUUCAAAGUGUUGGUGUUGACCUUUAAAGCCCUAAACUGCCUCAGUCCAGUAGACCAAAAGGAGCGUCUCCACCCCCAUUGUUCUGCCUGGACACUGAGGUCCAGCACCGAGGGCCUUCUGGUGGUUCCCUCACUGUAAGAAGCAAAGCUACAGGGAACCAGGCAGAGGGCCUUCUCGGUGGUGGCACCCGCCCUGUGGAACGCCCUCCCAUCAGAUGUCAAAGAGAACAACAACUACCAGACUUUUAGAAGACAUCUGAAGGCAGCCCUGUUUAGGGAAGUUUUCCAAAGUAUUUCUUAUCAAUAAAAAAUUCAGUGUGGCGCGAGCAAAGCAGUUCCUCUGCCACUAAGCUAUUCCCUUUCCCUGUGUCAUGGUUCCAAUUUAACUAAGGGCAUAGGGCAUGUAAAGGUAAAGGGACCCCUGACCGUUAGAUCCAGUUGUGGCUGAUUCUGGGGUUGCUGCGCUCAUCUCGCUUUACUGGUCAAGGAAACCAGCGUACAGCUUCCGGGUCAUGUGGCCAGCAGACUAAGCCGCUUCUGGUGAACCAGAGCAGCGCACGGAAACACCAUUUACCUUCCCGCUGGAGCGGUACCUAUUUAUCUACUUGCACUUUGAGGUGCUUUCGAAUGGCCAGGUUGGCAGGAGCAGGGACCAAGCAACAGGAGCUCACCCCAUCGCAGGGAUUCGAACCGCCAACCUUCUGAUCGGCAAGCCCUAGGCUCUGUGGUUUAGACCACAGCACCACCAAUUGGUACACCUAGUUGACUGCAUGGAUUGGAAGCAGCUUUCCAGGGUUUCAAGCAGGGAUCUCUCCUAGACCUAAACCUUACCCAGAGAUGCCAGAUCAAGCACAGCAAAUUGGUGACAGGCCUCCCCCCCCCACCAGAAAAUACUGUAAUGCUUCUCAAAACAACACGUAAAGUUAGGGUUACAUCUGGACAUUACUGGGAUUUCAAAGGUGGAAUUUCCAAAAGGUGGCACUUUGUUCUGGAUUUUUUUUUGUUAAAAAACGGGUCUUCCUAAAAACUUUUGGGGUGUCCUGGUUUUUACUUUUUGAAAUAUGGCAACCCUAUGCAAAGUGAAACGAAGCUAUCCUUUAAAAUUUGCACUUCUCUGAAUUUUGCAAUUUGCACUUCUCUGAAUUUGCAAUGCGCUUCUCCGACACUUCGAAAUUGUAUAGAAAUGUGUAUAUUAGCGGAAAGCGUGCAUGAAAGUAACAUUAUCUACUAGGGGAAACUGCCUUGCAAAAAUGUGUAAAAUAAAUAUCAGGCAAGAUCACAAUAAAAUGUGUCUAUUUGGAGAUGCUGAACAUUUUUCACGCAAAAUUUUGUGCAUCUAGAAUCUGGGAGUUUUUGGUUCCCGUUAUCAUGAUGAGGUCUUUGUUGCAAAUGCCGAGUUGUGAAUGUGUGUGGCACUUUGCGGCUCAAACAACAAAUACAGUCCCUUGCCCCGAGGAGGAUACAAUCUAGAUGCUGACUAUGCAGCAGACUUUGACAGAAGGGGAAAGAUGGAGCAACUGUGGUUAAGAGGCCUAUAGAAAUAUCUUUGAGGCUGAGAAUAAAGACAGGGGAAAUAUGUCAAUUUAGAUUUCCACCAGGGCCUCACCUGCCCUCAUGUAAUUCUCUGUUCUCCUCCUUGACACGUCAGUUUGUGAUUUCUUUUACUUUUUUGUGGGGAGGAGGAAAGUCAUCGUGAAAAUUCACCAGCAUUUUAGUGAAGAUGUCUCCUAAAAUAAGAGGUAAUUUCCCCCUACAAUGUACAUUUUUGCAAAACAAGUUCCCCUGAGUUAAGGUGUUUCUGUGUGUUUUCUUUUCACCAGCAGAUGUAUGCUUUGGUAUAUGCAUUUUCGUGACUUGGCUGGGGAACUGCGGUGCCAAAUUCAGAGAACUGCAGAUUCUGAAGGCAGGAGUGACUUUUUUUUUAUUCGUGUAUUUGUUUCAGAAAGUGUGACUUUGGUAGGUAAAGGGUAAAGGGACCCCUGACCAUUAGGUCUAGUCGUGAACGACUGGGGUUGCGGCGCUCAUCUCGCUUUAUUGGCUGAGGGAGCCGGCGUACAGCUUCCAGGUCAUGUGGCCAGCAUGACUAAGCCGCUUCUGGCAAACCAGAGCAGCGCAUGGAAACGCUGUUUACCUUCCUGCCAGAGUGGUACCUAUUUAUCUACUUGCACUUUGAUGUGCUUUCGAACUGCUAGGUUGGCAGGAGCUGCGACUGAGCAAUAGGAGCUCACCCUGUCGUGGGGAUUCGAACCGCCGACCAUCUGAUCAGCAAGUCCUAGGCUCUGUGGUUUAACCCACAGUGCCACCCGCGUCCAUUGGUAGGUGUGAAUUAAUCCACGUUCUUCGCAGUUGUGAGUGACGACUCAGGAGGACGGGUAUCACUACAGUUCCCUGAGGGCUGAACACUCCAUUUCUGCAGAUCUCUCCCAGGUCCUUCCCCUUCCCUCUUCCCAUUCUGGGUCUGCAAAAUGUAUUUCUAAGAUGCCACCAUGCUGGAUCAGGCCAAAGAGAGUCCAUCUAGUCCACCCUCCUGUUCUCGAAGCGGCCAAUCAGGGGCCCAGCGAACAGCAGCAGAUCACUCCCCAUUUGUGAUGACCUGCAAUUAAUAUUCAGAGGAAAAGUGUGUGUGUGUAUAUACUAGGUGUCAGUUACUAAAAUAAAACCAGCCGCCUCUGGGAUAUGGCCUUCUGCCCGCCCCCAAAUUCUGCUUUCGGGAUCCAAAAUACUACAACCUAUUUUUAAAGCAUCUGUUGCGGACCUUUGCCUUUUGGGGGACAGAUCAGGUUGCAGAGGCUCAGCUGUCUCUAGGCUGCUGGCCACCAGCAAUUGAUGUCUUUUUCCCCUCGAUUAUCACGAGAAGGCAGGAGCUGCGGGCCGCUGGGGGAGUUUAUGGAGGAAGGCUGGCAGUUUCCCCGCAGGGGGAGUUUGACGAAGCAGCAUUCUAGUUCACAUCGAGGUAAGCAUUUUGGUUUAUUCUUUCUGAAUUUCAUUUCAUACAUGCACACACACACACACACACACACAUGGAAAGAGAUACAUACCACUUAGUUUUGAGAUAUCUACCAUUUUGAAUAUGUAUCCUCAGAGGGGAGCUGCCUCCUUUCUUGUGACAGCAGGUUGCAGUGGGUGAAAGAGGGGCACUCUGCACAUGCUCAAAGGCAUCUUCGUGCAUCGCUUCGUAUCUGUUUCUUUAAAGAAUCGGCUUGGCCAAAAGAUGAGACAGAGGUAGUGCUAAGUGGGCAAGGUUUAUGGAGAGGUAGAAAAGAGCACGUUUGGUAUAAAAUUAUGAUCUUAGUUGGUAUGCUUGUUAUUGCGUCAGGAUGGAAAGAAAAGGAUAAAUAGACAAUGGAAAAAUGGAAUGACUAUGUUUUUGAAUAUAUACAGUCUGAUAUAUUUGAGCAGGUAAUGACAGAAGAUACAUGGGAAAACAAACGUCAAAAUUUUUUGAACAAAUGGACAAGUUAUAGGAAUUGGAUAGCAUUGGGGGAAGCCAAACCAAGCAUUCAAAUUAGAAUGAAUAAUCUGUGCACAUGGUUAAAGAUUUGAAGAGAGAACAAUUUUUGGGGGAGGGAUUAAAGGAGAGGGAGGAAGGGGGAAAAAUUAGGAGAAAGGAGUAGGGACAAAAAUAUAUACCAUUAUGCAUAACUAAUUGGAGGAUGCAUGUUACGGUUAGAUUUUCGACGGAAUGAUUUUUUUGGUAAGUUAUUCGACAUCCCUGGAUGAAAGUGUGAUUAUAAAGAAGGGGGGGGGAAUGGUUUAUGGAGUGGUGUUUCAUUUAAAAAAAAGACCCCAAACCCCUGCUCCCUGAGUUAAUUCUUCCAGUUCCUUUUCCAAACAGAAACCAGAUGAAGGGGAGAAGAAAAUAGAAUGAGAGAGAGAGAGUGAGUGCAGCUGAAUAGGGUUAAUGACGCUCAAGGCAGGUGAUAUUCCAGGCCUUGGUGCUGAUUCAUUGAUGGCUUUCGAUGAUAGCAACUCACCUCCGUUCUCCACAAAGCAAAGCAUUUAUGUCAGUUGCUGCAACUCAGAGGGAAGAUGCAUUAAACCCAGUUUUGGCUUGCUGUUAUGAUCUUGAAGGUAUCCACUCUUCUUGAGAAAUGCCCAAAGGGGCAUCGCGUCAUCUACCUUCAGGGUGGUGGUGAAAUGCUGCAAUUUUAUUUCCGAGAAGGGCUACUGCUCUGUCGGCAGAGCACCUGCUUUGCAAGCAGAAGGUCCCAGGUUUGAAUCCCCACGGGGCAUCUCUAGAUGGGGCUGGGAGAGGACGGUGCCCGAAACCCUAUGCCAGGGUGUGUGGCAGGAGGGGAUGGCAAGUGUGGCAGGAAGAUUCAAGGGCAAUUAAAAAAGACAAACAUUUUAACAUUUCAUUGUAUGGUAGCUUAGUAUAGCAUGUGUUUGUCUGUGUGUAUACAGUGGUACCUCCGGUUGCGAACGGGAUCCGUUCUGGAGAUCCGGCCACAUCCCGAGGAAUUCACAACUGGAGGAUCACUUCUGUGCAUGUGUGCAUGGCGAAACCCAGAAAAAUACUUCUGGGUUUGCUGCGUUCGCAUCCCAAAGUUUAUGUAUCUAGACGGUUAUGUAAGCGGAGUACGACUCUCUCUCUCUCUCUCUCUCUGUGUAUAUAUAUAUAUAUAUAUAUAUGGAUAUACAAGCAGACAAGGUGAGCUCCCAUUGCUUGGUCCCUGCUCCUGCCAACCUAGCAGUUCGAAAGCACGUCAAAGUGCAAGUAGAUAAAUAGGUACCACUCCCGCGGGAAGGUAAACGGCGUUUCCGUGCGCUGCUCUGGUUCGCCAGAAGUGGCUUAGUCAUGCUGGCCACAUGACCCGGAAGCUGUACGCCGGCUCCCUUGGCCAGUAAAGCGAGAUGAGUGCCACAACCCCAGAGUCGGCCAUGACUGGACCUAAUGGUCAGGGGUCCCUUUACCUUUACCUUUUAUAUUUUCAGGACAGACACCGUCCAACCAGUUGAAGGAAGUCUUCUCCCUGCUAAGCAUUUUAGGGGAGGGGUUAUUACCAGUCAAACCUGGUGCAAUCCUCAAAAACAGCAAGUUCUCCAAAAAUUGCCACCUACCCAAAUUUCACCAAAUGUGCAAAUCAAAGUUCAUGCCAGAAACUUUGUAUUGUUUUUAUUUUGAAAAGAAAAGGGGCGAGUGCAAGACUCGCAAUCAGAAUCAUGCCCAUUGACUUCAGGCAGGUGCCUUCUUCGCUGUAUUCUUUGUGGCUCCCGCUGAAAACAUUGCCAUUUGGGGAAAGCCUAUUUGAACAAGCAGAACGUUGACAUGUGGUAGUUAACUUGGUUUUGUUUUUUUAUAGCUUAUCCUUGAUUUUAAUUACAUUUUGAAUAUUUUAAAUGGUUUUUUAAAAAAACUUUAUUCUUUUUUAUAAACUGUUGUGAAGUUCCUUUUCUUAAAAAUAAAAAAUCAAGUGGUAUAUAAAUGAAUUGAAAAUCAAUCCAUCAUGCAGAUGUAUGUUUGGUAUAGAAUCUGUCUUUUCUGUCUUUUUCUACGUUUCUGAGCACAAUUCAGAGUGUUGGUGCUGACCUUUAAAGCCGUAAACGGCCUCGGCCAUACCUGAAGGAGCGUUUCCUCCUUCCAUCGUUUGGCCCGGACAUGGAGGUCCAGCUCCGAGGGUCUUCUGGCGGUUCCCUCCCUGCAAGUAGAGAGGUUACGUGGAACCAGGCAGAGGGCCUUCUCGGUGGUGGAACCCGCCCUGUGGAACGCCCUCCCAUCAGAUGUCAAAGAGAAAAACAACUACCAGACUUUAAGAAGACAUCUGAAGGCAGCCCUGUUUAGGGAAGUUUUUAAUGCUUGAUGUUUUAUUGUGUUUUAUAUAUUCUAUCGGGAGCUGCCCAGAGUGGCUGGGGAAACCCAGCCAGCUGGGCGGGGUAUUAAUAAAUUAUUAUUAUUAUUACAAUUAUUAUUUGGCUUUUCUUCCAGACAACCACUGAAAGAAAGAAGGAAGCAAUGAGAACGGAGGGAGAGGAACAAUCUGGGUAAGAAACGUUCCUAAACUCUGGAUGGAUUGGAAUGGGGAGACUCGCCUGCUCCAUGAGGCCGGGACGCUCGCCGAAUGCUGGUUUCAUCAUUAAAGCACUCUUCCUUCUCCUGCUUUGUAGACAUGGUAAGGACUCGACACGCCAUUGGCUGGAUCCAGAAGACUCUUCUGCUAUACAGUGGUACCUUGGGUUAAGUACUUAAUUCGUUCUGGAGGUCUGUUCUUAACCUGAAACUGUUCUUAACCUGAAGCACCACUUUAGGUAAUGGGGAUUCCUGCUGCCGCCGCGCCACCAGAGCAUAAUUUCUGUUCUCAUCCUGAAGCAAAGUUUUUAACCCAAGGUACUAUUUCUGGGUUAGCGGAGUCUGUAACCUGAAGUGUAUGUAACUUGAAGCACCUGUAACCCGAGGUACCACUGUACCUGUUUAAACCAGCCCUUUAUUCAAUCAAUCAAUCAAUCAAUCAAUCAAUCAAUCAAUUCUUUAUUAGGCAUACACAUUAUAAAUCAAACACAGUAUACAGAUUGCGGAAAAUAUGAAUUCAGCAUAACAAUUUGCAUAAAUAAAACAAUAUAACACUACCACAUCACCGACAAUUCAAGAACCACUAAAUCUCUCUAUAAUGGCCCAGUCUUUCCUCAUGGACAGCACUCAAAAAUUUAGCCACUAUUAAAGUGAUUUGAUCAUUCCUGUCCAAGAGCAGGCCCUGAACCGUUGGCAGCAUAGAACCGAGCCUGUUAGAUUGUAAGGCCUCUAACAAUUGUCUUCUGGCAUAAAUGCCAAAAUCACAAGAAAAGAAAAUAUGCUCCAACGUAUCAGGUUCCUGCCUACCACAUUUGCAGAGACGCUCUGCUUCUGGGAGAGCUAAAUAUCUUCCUCUUACUAUCAUCAAGGGAAACAUAUUAAAUCUCCAGCCCUUUAUUCAGAACCACAAGGACUGGGAAACUGGAUAUUAUUUUUAGGACUGGAUAUUAUUUUUAGGGCAAGGACUGUAGCUCAGUGAUUGUACGAGUGUGUUGCUGAAUUCUCCACAGUUAUCUUUGCAAGGAAGGAGGGUGAAACAAGGGGUCCCCACCCCCCACUCAGCUGCCCCACGUGAUCCAGUGGAUCCCUGCCAGCAUGGCACUGCAAUGAACACUGAACUGUUUUAUAUGUCGGAAGAAUUUAGUCUUAUAACUUAUAAUUUAUUACCUUUUAAAGUACCUUUUUUUAAAAAAAAAGCAGAGUCCUUUUCAUUGGGGAUAAUUCAGAGGGAAAUUCCCAGGUGUCAAAAAAGACUAUUUAAGUCUGCCACUACUGCGGCCCAUGUUUUGUUAGCUCAAAAAUGGAAAAUGAGUGAGGUCCCAACCAAAGAAGAGUGGCAACUUAAACUGACAGAAUACGUGCAGCUUGCAGAUUUAACAUAUAGAAUAAGAGAACAAGAAGAGUGUACGUUUAAAGAAGACUGGAAAAUGCUUACUGAAUACAGUAUAUGGAGAAAAUUGUGUUCAUUUAAAAACUCUGGUAGCAUUAAGAUAAAUUCAACAGGGAAAAGAAGUUUUGAUGGAAGUAAUAAUGGAUUAGUGAAUAGUUUAGUUUAGGGGUCAGCAAACGUUUUCAGCAGGGGCCAUUCCACUGUCCCUCAGACCUUGUGGGGGGGCCGGACUAUUUUUUUUUUUUUUGGGAGGGGUGAAUGAACAAAUUCCAAUGCCCCACAAAUAACCCAGAUUUUAAAUAAAAACACAUUCUACUCAUGUAAAAACACCAGUCAGGCCCCACAAAAUAACCCAGAGAUGCAUUUUAAAUAAAAGGACACAUUCUACUCAUGUAAAAACACACUGAUUCCCGGACCGUCUGCGGGCCAGAUUUAGAAGGUGAUUGGGCAAGAUCCGGCCCCCGGGCCUUAGUUUGCCUACCCCUGGUUUAGUUCAUGUAAAACAUGCAGGGAUGUAUGGUAUGCAAAAUGAACCACGGAAAGAGAAGAAGGGAAGUCAUUGGUUUAAAGCUGUUUGAAUGAAUAUUUUGAAAUGUAAAUCAGAACGUUUUACCUGACUCUGAUCUUCACAGCUGUUUUAUUCCUUUCUCUUCCUACCGUUACCAUCGUUGCUAUUUGGGUCCUGCCCUGCAGCAUAUUCCCACUGCAAGAUCUUGCGCUGCAACUCCGAGUACGUGGCCGCCACGCUCAACUUGCGUGGCCCCAACAAGCACGCCAGCUACUGCAACACCCUGCGCUCCUACUCCCGCUGCACUCGCAGGACGGCCCGUAACUGCCGUGGGGACCUCGCCUACCACUCUGCCGUCCACGGCAUUGAGGACCUCAUGAUCCAGAACAAGUGCUCCAAAGAGGGGCCCACUUCGCCGCGGCGACCCCCUGCGCCACCCCCUGCACACCAGGGUUUGGAACCCCCAGAGAUCUGCGAUUACGAGAAGAGCUUUUCCCGGAAGCACAACAGACCCCCCACGUACCAGCACUGCGCCACGUUUGGGGACCCCCACGUACGGACCUUCAGCGACGAGUUCCACACAUGCAGAGUGGAAGGUUCCUGGCCGCUCCUGGACAACAACUAUUUGUUUGCUCAAGCGACGAGCUACCCUGUCUUGAAAGGAUCAAACGCAACAGCUACUAGCAAGGUAAGAAACGGUGACCUCUACAGGUGUCCCAUUAAAGUUUCCCAUGGCUUGUUUCAUUGGUGGUGUGACCAGGGAGGUAGCCUCAUAAUUACUAUGGGUAUUUCUAACAAAUUGCAUCUGUGGCAUUUGCCCUCCUAGGUGUGCUGGUCCCGUGGGUUUCCGUGAGGCGAGGUCCGAGUCCAGUCCGAGGGAGCAGUGUUGAGGCCGUCCGUCAAAGCUGAAGCAGGGUCCAAGGCAGGGAGUCGGGUGAGGUCAGGAGAUCUGGCAGGACAGGGUGCAGGCAGGAACUGGCUACCAACAACGUUGGUCCCGGGGCUGGCUGGCUUUUAUCUGCCCCGAGGCAUAGGGCGGCCCCAGUCCACAGGUGGCUCGCCUCUUCUGGCCUGGAGGCGAGCACUCCUCCUGCGGGAACUUAGUUCCCUUCGCCUCUCUGCCCUGAGCCUCUGCAGCUCAGGAGAGGCUGGAGGGUUACUGGACCCAGAGGCAACCUCAGCCUCCCCCGACGGGGCUGAGAGUGGAGCACCAGGAGGCAAUGGGUCCUCCAUCACCUCAGGAGCCAGAGCAGACUCAGCUGGUGCCUGCACCUGAGGAUCCAGCACAGGUGAGGACCCUUCAGGCUCAGGCCCCAGCCCCAACUCAGCUGGUUCUAGAGGCGGGGAAUCCUGUGCAGGCUGGGAUUCCUCAGGUUCAGCCCCCAAGUCCGAAUCCCAGGCCAUCACACUAGGAGUGUGACAUCAUACUGGGUUCAUAGGGAAAGGGUUAACUAAUUGUAAAAUGACUAACCAAUGGGAACCCAGGGGGAGGAGUUAGAGUUAGGGUGGAGAAGACAGUCUAGAGUUAGAAGAGACAGAUAAGGUAAGUCUGGGUUGGGCUAGUCUGGUGUGAGAGAGUGAGAGAAUUUGUUAAGAGACGUCAGUCAAACAGUUGAGAUAAUCAGUCAGAAGGUAUUGGCUGGUAAAGAAACUAAAGUUAAGAUACUGACACGAAUAUCAUCGGAGAAACAAUAAAAUUGUUAAUGUCUGUAAAAAAAACUUGGGGGUUUUUUUGGUUCAUUUUUAACAACUGUCUGGACUCAGUGUUUUACCAGAGAGUAACUGGUUGGUGGCAGCAGGGAAGCAAGCACAGUGGUGGCACAGGGAUCAAUAGACCGUUAAAUGUCUGGGGACCCUGUGUGAUCACCACAGUAUCUAAGAUUUCAACACUGUAUAUAUCAGAACCGGCCAGGGGUGGGGUUCAUAUGGGGCUCACUCCUCCCACUGGACUGGAUAGCCAGGGCCUUCCAAGUCUUCUCUCGCCUCUUCUAGGGGGAGGAGACCCUCCAGAUCUGGCAGAGCUAAGGAUGGCCCUGAAAAAACACAAGCAAAGCGUAGUCACCAUGCCCCAUACAAAAAAUUAUGCCACAGGAGACACAUUCGGAAGUUACACAACACCACACUUACAUCUCCGUUGAAACCAGGGAUGGAUCUACACUGAACUGUUUUAACGUUAUGAGAAAGAUAUUAAAUAUAAUUCAGGCACGUCCAUCUCCCAAGAGACUGCGAUGUACUCCCAGUAUAUAAAAAAACUGGCAGUGAUCUACCGAUUGUCACUGGAGGGAGGAGAAGCGUGCGUGGGGUGUGUGUGCAGGGGGAGGAUUGCCCAGAGUUUUUGAGCUUUUUAAAGGGGGGGCUGCCCAGGGUUGUUUUGGGAAUGAUCCCGCGAUCUGCCACGAGCAGCCGGGGAUCUUUCGGUAGAUCACGAUCUAGUGGUUGGACAUGCCUGACAUAUAUCAUUCUAAAAUAUCACAGGGCAUGCUUGUUAAUUAAAGCGGGUUUUAGCUUUCUUUUUUUCCCUCUUUGAAAAGCUGUCUCCCUACUGCUGAUGGCUGGUUGCUCUGCGCAGCCCACCUGUGUUGCAUUUUAAUAGCGUGUUAUGAACGUUAAAAGUAGGACGUCAUGUGUCCAUAUAUGUUAUCAAAACCCUUAUUUAACGUUAACGUUAUUUAACGGUGGGUGGAUGUCCUCCGGUUUACAGAAAUUAAUGGCAAGUACCAAUUUUUGUUUUUGCCAAUGAAUAUUCUAUGAAUAGGGUGCAGCAGAGCAGGAUUCUCUAAGGACAGGGCUGGUUUUCUCUGCAGCAGAACAAAUACGAACAACCCUCCGCAGUGCCUUUCUCCCAAAUGCAGUGUCAGCCGAGGAAAACUCUGCCUGUUUCAUAAUUCUUUGCAAAAGUAUGAGCAGAGGCCCAAGUGGCUGCCCUGCAGAUGUCAACAACCGAGAAACUGCCUAGGGCUGAUGCUACCACUUCCCUUAAGGAGCGACGAAUCCCCUAGGAGGACUCUUCAAGUUCGUACAGGGACAACUAGAGAGCAGGAGAAGAGAGAUACCUGAGAGGACAUAUGUUCUGAAGUACACGGGGCUCUUGGAUGGCCAUCUGUCAGAGAUUCCUUAGCUGGGAUUCCUGCAUUGCAGGGGCUGGACCAGAUGACCCUCGGGGUCCCUUCCAACUCUAUGAUUCUCUGAUUCUCUGAAUCUCUCUCUCUCUCUCUCUCUCUCUCUCUCUCUCUGUGUGUGUGUGUGUGUGUGUGUAAAGGACCCCUGACAGUUAAGUCCAGUCAUGGAUGACUCUAGGGUUGUGGCGCUCAUCUCGCUUUACUGGCCGAGGAAGCCGGUGUUGGUCCGCAGACAGUUUUCCCAGGUCAUGUGGCCAGCAUGACUAAGCCACUUCUGGCGAAACCAGAGCAGCGCACGGAAAUGCCGUUUACAUUCCCACCGGAGCGGUACCUAUUUAUCUACUUGCACUUUGUGCUUUCAAACUGCUAGGUUGGCAAGAGCUGGGGCAGAGCAAUGGGAGUUCACCCCGUCACGGGGAUUUGAACUGCCAACCUUCCAAUCGGCAAGCACUAGGCUCAGUGGUUUAGACCAGAGUGCCACCCGCGUCCCGUGUGUGUGUGUGUAUGUAUAUGCAUAUGUAUUUAUACACACAGAUACACAUACCCACUACCCACAAACAUACAAAAUUCCUCCUGAAAAAUCUGUCAGGGUUUCAGUGUGCAUUUCUCUUGCCUGCACACAUUUUUGAAAAAUAAUAAAUGGGUCAGCUCACAGCUUUCACACUCCCAGGGAAGAUUAAGUGGCUUGGCCACACAUGGAGAGCAUGAAAUAGUGCUGUGGUCUAAACCACUGAGCCUCCUGGGCUUGCAAAUCAAAAGGUCGGCGGUUCAAAUCCCCAUGAUGGAGUGAGCUCCCAUUGCUCUGUCCCAGCCAGCCUAGCAGUUCGAAAGCACACCAGUGCAAGUAGAUAAAUAGUCACAACUGCGGCAGGAAGGUAAACAGCGUUUCCAUGCACUCUGGUUUCCAACGUCCCAUUGCUCCAGAAGCGCUUUAGUCAUGCUGGCCACAUGACCCGGAAAGCUGUCUGUGGACAAACACCGGCUCCCUUGGCCUGAAAGUGAGUCGAGCCUCUCAACCCCAUAGUCGCCUUUGAUUGGACUUAACCAUCCAGGGGUCCUUUACCUUACCUUUUUACCUCUCUCUUUUCAGCUCACCAUCAUAUUCAAGAACAUGAAGGAGUGCAUAGACCAGAAAGUCUACCAGGCGGAGAUCGACAACCUGCCGGCGGCUUUCGAGGACGGAUCCACGAACGGGGGCGAGAAGCCUGGAGGGAAAAGCUUGAGCAUCAAUGAGCGCACACCCGGUCAGCACGUGGAGAUCCUCGCCACCUACAUCGGCACCACCAUUGCCGUGCGCCAGGCAGGGAGGCAGCUCUCUUUCUCCAUCCGGGCGGCCGAGGACGUGGUGCGCUCCUUCACGGAGGAGCAGGACCUUCAGCUGUGUGUGGGAGGCUGCCCUCCCAGCCAGCGCAUCUCCCAGACCGAAUGCUGCUGCAGCAACGGAGCCAUCCCCGCGCAGAAGGCCCAGCUCCUGUGCAAGGAGAAGCUGCCGGUGGAGGACGUCUACUUCCAGUCGUGCGUCUUUGACGUGGUGACAUCGGGAGACGUCAACUUUACGCUGGCUGCGCACGCUGCCUUGGAGGACGCCAAAGUCUUCCACCCGGACGCCAAGAAGCACCACCUCUUCCAAAGCGACACAGCUUGCUUGUCCCAUUGCUCGGCCUUCCUCCUCGCCAUCACAUUGGUCCUUUCAGCGUUGCAGCUACACUUCUGAAGGUUUCUGGGGACUGGUGGAAAGUUGUAUGGUGCUAGUUUGAGAGGAUAGUGAAUGGGGUUGACUCCCCCAGAGGUAUGGCCGUCAGCAAACAUGGGACAGGACAAACUGUAAAGCUGUAAGAAUCUGGGAUGGAUGGAAGCAGGGCACCCUGACCUUUAAAGCUUUAUUAGGGAGAGGAAAAGCUGAGAGUGGAAAUGGACAAAUCUGUUGAUUUUGACCUCUCCGCUCCUCAUUCCUCAAAUCUUAAAUCCAGCGUGUCACACUUCCACACCAUUUUUUAUUUAUUUAACAAAUCCUCAUGAAAAUUUGUCAGCGUUUUGGUGAGAAUUUCUCCUAAUAUGCACAUUGUUUUUGCAAGCAAUUACUAGGAAUGCAUUCUUGUACACUUUUUUACCAAAGUAUGCACACUUUUCACCCUAGCAGAUGCAUAUUUGUAUACUUUUUCUUUGUUAGACAGCUGCAUCGCAAAAUUUGGAGAAGUAUGGAUUUCUAAUGACAUCUGUGCUUCAGUUGGCGUAUUAUUUGGUGCUGCAAGUGGCGAAUAUAGGGCGGAACAGAGAAUUAUGUCUGCUUACACUCUUAGUGUGUGUGCCCCAUGUUCUGCCUGACACCCUGUUAAGCUCGCCUGCUCGUCUCAGGUACAGUGAAGGUCAUGGCACCAUCUCUAGCACUGAAGUCAUCUCUAGUCAACUGCCAAUCCAACAGCCUUCUCUACAUGAACCAGAAGGGGGACACCAUCUUGGGUUAUUUUUGAAGGGGAUUGGACUAGACAACCUUUUGGGUGCCUUCCAACUCUACAAUGCUAUGAUUCUCCUCCAUCUCAGGCAGCAAAAUGGCUUCGGUAGUCUUGAAUCAACAAAUCUCAAUGUAGCAUGCCCAGGAGAACAUUCCUCUCUGGAGUGAGCCCUGACAUCGUGGCCUGUUGACUCCAGGACAAGCCUACUGAUAUGAGGAAGACUAAUACUAAGGGACGCGGGUGGCGCUGUGGUCUAAACCACAGACCCUAGGACUUGCUGAUUGGAAGGUCAGCAGUUCGAAUCCCCGUGACAGGGUGAGCUCCUAUUGCUCGGUCGCAGCUCCUGCCAACCAAGCAGUUUGAAAGCAUGUCAAAGUGCAAGUAGAUAAAUAGGUACCGCUCUGGUGGGAAGGUAAACGGUGUUUCCACGCGCUGCUCCGGUUCGCCAGAAGCGGCUUAGUCAUGCUGGCCGCAUGACCCGGAAGCUGUACGCUGGCUCCCUUGGCCAAUAAAGCGAGAUGAGUGCCGCAAUCCCAGAGUCGUCCACGACUGGACCUAAUGGUCAGGGGGCCCUUUACCUUUACCUUUACUCUUAUACUAGGGGACGGGGUGGUGCUGUGGUCUAAACCACAGAGCCUAGGGCUUGCUGAUCGGAAGGUCGGCAGUUUGAAUCCCCAUGAUGGGGUGAGCUCCUGUUGUUCAGUCCCAGCUCCUGCGCACCUAGCAGUUUGAAAGCACGUCAAGUGCAAGUAGAUAAAUAGGUACCGCUCCAGGUGGGAAGGCAAAUGGUGUUUCCGUGCACUGCUCUGGUUCACCAGAAUCGAUUUAGUCAUGCUGGCCACAUGACCCGGAAGCUGUCUGCGGACAAAUGCUGGCUCCCUCAGCCUAUAGAGCGAGAUGAGCGCGGAACCCCAGAGUCGUCUGCGACUGGACCUAACGGUCAGGGGUCCUUUUACCUUUACUCUAAUACUGCUGAUGUGUGCAUUGCAACCUUAGGCCCAUAUAACGUGUGCUGAUUGAAACCUACUGGAUCUGAUCGGGGAGGGAAAUUAUUAAGGAAUGUAAAUAAGAAAGGGGGGGGGAAAUGAUUAAUAUAUUAAAGCUGAAGACUUUAAGAGAGGUUGCAUUUGUCCGUGGAGACUGUGAAUGUAAUCUGCUGAUGGUGUCAUUGGUAUCCGUUAUUGAUGUUGCAUGGAAGUGUCAUUCCACGCCAAAUCACUUGGUGCCAUGUGCUCUCGCGACUCAAUUUUUUUUUAGGUUGAGAGAUAACCUCAAAUUAUUUUUUUAAAGAUUUUUUGGUCCAUCAUUGACCAUAUCGCAUGUAUUGGAAACAAAAUAGCUUUGACCAUAUCAUUGCAGAAGUGUUUUACACAAUAAAAUGAGUAAGGGCUCUGAGAUGUAUUUUGUUUUUAUUAAAUAAUCAAUAAAACUGAAUUUUUAAACUAUAUUAGAUGACAUUGUAACAUAAGAGGGUACAAUUUCAACUAUUCUCACAAAUGUGUGAGUUAUUUCAGGCUCAAAGAGACCUUAAACCUGUACAAAUAAUAUUUUUUUGUAAAAAAUAUUCUUCAAAAUCAAUUUAUUUUAUUGACACAAAAACACCCUCCUUAUUUUUAAAACAUAACAAGUACAUGGUUAGCCCAUUCUACAAAAAAGUAUGAAACAUGUGCUAGUUGUGGUUUGUGUGCUAUGGCUUAUCGAAUCUGUUGUUGUUUAGUCGUGUCCGCCUCUUUGUGACCCCCUGGACCAGAGCAUGCCAGGCCCUCCUGUCUUCCACUGCCUCCUGCAGUUUGGUCAGACUCAUGUUUGUAGCUUCAAGAACACUGUCCCACCAUCUCGUCCUCUGUCGUCCCCUUCUCCCUGCGCCCUCCAUCUUUCCCAACAUCAGGGUCUUUUCCAGGGAGUCUUCUCUUUUCAUGAGGUGGCCAAAGUCUUGGAGCCUCAGCUUCACGAUCUGUCCUUCCAGUGAGCACUCAUGGCUGAUUUCCUUCAGAAUGGAGAGGUUUGAUCUUCUUGCAGUCCGUGGGACUCUCAAGAGUCUCCUCCAGCACCAGAAUUCAAAAGUAUCAAUUCUUCGGCGAUCAGCCGGGAAUAAAAUCUACCGGGAAUAAAAUGACAAAAAUUCACUUUGAAUGGUUGGUGACCCUUUUCUGUGGCACUUAAUACCAUUUUUAUACCUUAUUUUGGAAAGAUGUGGAAAGAGACCACAAUUAGCUUUCUUUUGAUACCAAAAUAAGCCCAGUUGAAAAAUAAGUGAAACAGGAGGUUUUCUCUAAACUGACAGAGAAAUUGCAUUAGCCUAAAUCACUCAAAAAUCGAAAUUAUCAAAAAAAUUAUCCUGCACCCAAAUUUGGACCAAAAAUCUAAAAAAAUUAAUUUGAGGUUAUCUCAUAGCUAUCUACAUAGCUACGAGCUAUCUUAUAGCUAUUUUUUUUUGAAGAAAAUCUGAGUUGUGAGAGCACGGUCAAAUAUUAAAAUCAGUUGAUUUGGCGUGGAAUGACCUGGAAACUAAAAGGGGAAGAAGAAUGAGUGUGUGUGUUUGUGUGUGUGGUGACGUAGCCUGCAAUGAAUUUCUAGAUUUUGAUUCCUUCAAGCCACGUCACGUCACAAUGAUUGGGUACGAGGCAUAUUCCCAUAUUGUGCUCUCUCCAAACCUGCCUCCAGCACUGACAGUGUUUGCUUCUGAACUGCUUCCGUACGGCCUCCGUUAAUCCUCAAGUGUUUGGCAUUAAAAAUACAUCUAUUUUUGAAGCCUUC